AGAGCUCGCGCGCGCGCUCCCGGUGCGUGUGGUGGCAGAGACGUUAGCGCAGGUCCAGGUCUCAGCAUGAGGACAGUCUGACUCUGUACAUGUCCUUCACUCGAGCCAAACGCGUCUGCAGCUCGCUUCUCCUGCGCACGUUUCUGAAGAGUUUCUCUGUGAUGGAGGACGACUGUGUGUGCGAGUACGACUCCACCUGGGACACGGAGAGUGAUGGAGACGACCCUGCUGCAGAGAGCCUGCCCCGGCGGCCGAACCAGGACAAAAACAAGACAUCCUGGACACUGGUGUCUUGGCACCCGACUCCCCGGAACAUGAGAGCAGCGAAGGACAUGCAGAACUACAGAAGAGGAUAUCCUAACUUAACCGACGACGAGUGCCCCGAGGAUAAAAUGAACAACCUGCAGUUUUAUCUCAAUAAAUCCCCCUCGGCUCCAGAUGACGUCUACAUCGACUCGUUUCUGAAGGAUUGGAAAAACGACUACAAGAGACUGGAGCGAGUUCAUUCAUAUAUUCAGUGGCUUUUCCCGCUGAGAGAACCAGGGGUCAAUUACAUGGCGUCUGAACUCACCAGGAAGGAGAUCGAGGCCUUCAAGAAGAGCGAGGACGCCAAAAAGAGACUUGUGGAAUCGUAUGAACUGAUGCUGGGCUUUUACGGAAUCCGCCUGGUCGACAAAGACACCGGUGAAGUGAAGCGAGCCGAGAACUGGAAGGAACGCUUCGGGAAUCUGGAGCGGAAUAUGCACAACAAUCUGCGCAUCACCCGGAUCCUGAAGAGCCUGGGGGAGCUGGGCUUCGAGCACUAUCAGGCUCCUCUCGUGCACUUCUUUCUGGAGGAGACUCUGGUGAGGAAGACCCUGAGCAGUGUCAAAAGAAGCGUCCUGGACUACUUCCUGUUUGCCGUUCUGGACAAGCAGAAACGCCAGGAGCUGGUGCGUUACGCCUAUCUGCACUUUGAGCCAAAGGAUAAAUUUGUGUGGUGUCCCAGGAAAAUUCAGAGACAAUUCCGCAAAGCAGAGAAGAGAUCGGAAGUUGUCGGGAACGGUGAUGGGAAAGACGACUCACGAGCUAAGGCUAAAGAAAUGGACACGAAAGAAGACGCUGUAGAUAAUAAAAUAAAGUCUCCAAAAGCUGAGAAAACAAGUAACGACAAAAUAAAACCCGAAGCGUCUCCUGAACCAAAAGAGGAAGUUGUCGAAAAUGGCAACGCGUGCAGUGAGACCAACAACAACAUCGUAAGUAACGGAAGCGACUGCACGGACGACGAAGGAAUGGAACACUCUCCCAGCGCUGAAAACGAAGACGCUACAUCUGAAACCGGCUCGGGCCAGAAGGACAGCACCCAGGAAGCGGACAGCGCUAUGCAAACGGACGGCGAGAUCAAAAAACCACCAAAGAAGAAGAGAGACGACGACGCGGACUCAGACGAGGAUUUUGGAUCGCCUCAGAAAGAAGUUAAAAACGCUUGUAACAAAACGACAGGUCAGCAAACGCCGCUCAAGACCUCGAAAGCCUCUCUUUUGUCGGGAAGGGAGGAAAAAAUCCCACGGACUGAAUAUAAUCCCACCACAGACAAAGACGAAGUGGUGGAGAUGUCGCAAGAGUCUGUGCCGGCUCUAAAUGGGUCAGCGGAAAGCGGCUCCGACAAAACGGCGGAAGAGCAGAUAAACGGGAAAGAAUCUGAGCCGAUGGAUACGGAUUCAAGCCCCUCCAACGGGAUCAACACGUCCGCAGACUUAGCAAUUAAUAACAAGGAAGUCGUCAACGGAACGAAGAAGUAACGAGUGACUUUUAAAGGACUUUGAAAGACCUUUUGGCCUUAUCUCUGCGUAGAUAUUUAUACGUUUUUUCACUUUCAAAGGACUACGAAUACGAACUCAUUUUCUCAAGGGCCAAUCAGAUCCGAUUUACAUUAAGUUCUCAAUAAUGUACACUUGAUAGCGUUUAUAACUUUACUACUCUUUGCACUUCAAAUACAUUUAGAAGAGUUCUGUUCUUUAUUGUAAGAAGUUUGACUGCGUUUUCUGCUAGACCCAGUGUUACGAACUAAAGACUGAAUGUCAUGAUUUAAGCUAUAUUUAAGUAGGUUAAGUGAAGUUGCACAAAAUGCUCCAUUGCAGAUUGGGGAAGUUUUCUUUGUUCAAAUUGUGCCAAAAAUGUCACAUGACUUGUUGAUUGUAAAAUAUAUAGGUACAGUAUAUGUCUUUAAGCAGAACUGAAAAGCCUUGGCUGCCAUUUUGGAUCUGCUGUAUAUUGAGAUGAGAAUAGCUUAAGAAUUUAAAUCCAGGGCGAUGAUUUUGGUUUUGAAAUUUCAUGAUGCAUUUUUGUAACUGCACUUAUUUUUCCCAUGUUGUAAGUUGUAGUAUUUAAAUAAUGAAAUGUUAAUAACUUUACAAAAAUGCUGAAUUCUUUAUAAAUGAAACUUUCUUGGCUGAA